AUGAUUUGGGGUAUGGCAACAGCCACGUCCAGUCCGUACCUUGCCAACAGCAGGAUUUUAACCGGCCCAGUCCACCAUUCCGACCGGAGAGGCGGGGGCAUGCAGCCUGCAAACGGUGCAGUCACCUCGGUGUCUUCCAGCGCGUUCAGAGGGGACCCCUCGGUCAAGAUGGUGCAGAGUGACUUCAUGCAAGGGGCCACCAUGGUGUCCAGCAACGGGGGGCACAUGCUAAGCCAUGCACAUCAGUGGGUCACCUCGCUGCCCCACGCAGCAGCCGCGGCGGCUGCAGCGGCGGCGGCUGCGGCCGCAGCAGCCGAAGUCGGGGCGGCUUGGCCGGCCAGCUCCCAGCCCCAGGAGACGAAGAGAGGCGGCGGGAGGGAGGACCUCCAUUCAGGCGCCGCUCUACACCAUCGCGGUUCCCAUUUAGGAAGCCAUCAAGCGCACCCUGGUGGCUGGGGGGGCUCCAUCAACAUUAGCGAGGGUCAGACUCCGCAACACCAGCACCAACAGCAGCAGAGCCUUGUUUACUCGCAACCCGCCGCCUUCACUGUCAACGGGAUGCUCAGCACCCAGAGCCUCAUGCACCCCGGUGCGCUCGUACGCGGGGACUCCCCAGAGUUGGACCACCCUCAUCACCACCACCACCACCCUCACCAUCACCAUCCUCAUCACCAGCACGCCCACCAUCACCACCAGCAUCACCACCACCAGCAUCAUCAUCAAGAAGCGCACUCGGAUGAGGACACGCCGACUUCUGAUGACUUGGAGCACUUCGCCAAGCAGUUCAAGCAGCGACGCAUCAAGCUGGGUUUCACGCAAGCCGACGUGGGUCUGGCCCUAGGCACACUGUACGGCAACGUAUUUUCGCAGACCACCAUCUGCCGAUUCGAGGCGCUGCAGCUAAGCUUCAAGAACAUGUGCAAGCUGAAACCGCUGCUAAAUAAGUGGCUGGAGGAAGCCGACUCCAGCACCGGGAGCCCGGCCAGCAUCGACAAGAUCGCCACGCAGGGGCGCAAAAGGAAGAAGCGCACGUCCAUAGAGGUAAGCGUCAAAGGCGCGCUGGAGAGCCACUUUCUCAAGUGCCCCAAGCCGUCUGCGCAGGAGAUCAACGGGCUGGCGGACACUCUGCAGCUGGAAAAGGAGGUGGUGCGCGUCUGGUUCUGCAAUCGCAGGCAGAAGGAGAAACGCAUGACGCCGCCCGGGCUCCCACGAAGCCCGGACAACGCGUACUCGCAGGUGGGCAGCAUGGGUGCAGACACGCCGCCACCCUCCAUAGACUGCAAGAGGAUGUACAGCGACACGUGA